GCGUGCGCCGUGCUAGCCCAUGCUCCAUCCGCAAAGAGGGGAUAAAAUAUUCAAAACAAAACAAACCUCAAAUUACAAUACACAAACGCGAGUUAAGAACGUUAAUAAAUAAUAAAACCUACAAUAAAUUUAGUUCCAUGUUAAUGAUAGUGAAUCCAGUGUUAUUUGCAAGAUAUUAUUGUUCCAGAAAAUGAUAUUUCGAAUUCAUUGCGCAUGCGUAAACAUACCUUACUAAAUUAAAAAGUCGUGCUUACGGUGAAUCUGCUUGCUGUUCGUUUGGUUGGAUUAUACGGAUACGGAAUGUCAUGGCGUAACAACAGAUAUAACUAUCAAAAUUUCAUCGUUCAUUCAAAAAUACUGGCGGAAAACUCGUAGGAAUCAAAAAUUAACAAAGUGGCUCGAACAUGACGCGAAGAAGAUGCCUCGUUCCAUAUCCCUGCGCUUGCGCCUCCUGACGUCAUUAAGACAAUUAUUCUCGAUAAGAUUACUCCUAAUUAUAACAUGUAUUAGCUUUAUGAUAUCAGUUAUUUGGAUCCAAUUGGUAGAAAAUGAUAAUUUAAUUAUUGAUAACGAAAGUUUAGUUAACGAAGCACUUGAAAAUGUUGCUCGCGAUCACAGAUACGCAGAAGUGUAUAGGAAGGUAAAUAGGUUGCAAAAAGAUGUUAAAUACAUACUCCUUUGGACGCCCCAUAACUUUGCACCAUUUUAUUAUUUUGGGGACGGUCAGAGAGCGUUUAUUGAUAAAAACUGUUCGAAAAUAAAUUGUUAUGUCACUCGUGACAGAAAUUUUUUUGGUGGUGACACAUCAAAGUUUGAUGCAAUAGCUUUUAAUGGGCGAAACAUUGACACUCUUACAAAAUCACAAUUACCCAAAACCCGAUCACAGCGCCAAAAAUUUAUAUAUUUUAACAUGGAAUCAGCCGAUAAUUAUCCAGUUUGCGAUGAUAUUUUUGAUGGCUUCUUCAAUUGGACUUCGACGUACAGACUAGAUUCAGAUAUACCUUACCCUUACAUUCAGAUACGGAAUUCUGAUGGAGAAGUUGUAGGACCGCGAGAGAAAAUGAAUUGGGCUGUGAGCAAGACCUUAAAUGAUGAAUACUUAGAAACAAAAUUACAAAAUAAGAGUAAGGCUGUAGCUUGGUUCGUGUCACAUUGCUCGAGUAGAAGCGGCAGAAGAGAGUAUGCUCAUCAGUUAAGAAGAGCGCUACGUGCCCAUGCUUUGACACUUGACAUAUACGGAGCUUGUGGACCACUAAAGUGUCCACGACAUCAAAAGAAUAGUUGCGAUUCUAUUUUAGAAAGUAAUUAUUUUUUCUAUCUUUCUUUUGAAAAUUCGUUAUCUAAAGAUUAUGUAACGGAAAAACUUCUAACAGCAUUACAGCACGAUUCAGUACCUAUUGUUCUUGGUGGUGCUGAUUAUUCUAGAUUCCUUCCACCUGGAUCUUACUUAAACGCCCGCAGUGCAUCACCAACUGCAUUGGCAAAUAUGAUAGCUAAACUUAUGUCAAGCAAAGAAUAUAAUCAAUUCUUCCUAUGGAAAUCGUCUUACUCGUACUAUGAUCCAACCGAAACAAGUAAUGUUUGCGCUGUUUGUGCAGCUCUUCACAACAAGGAAAUAUUCGAAAAACCAAGUGUUUAUAGGAAUUUAAGAAGGUGGUGGCUUCCAAACUAUCAAGAUAGAUGUAAAACGUGAUAAAUUUUAUAUACAUUCUAUAACUAAUUGCCGAUUAUAGUAUAAAUCCUAUCACUGCCAAAUAUUUAGGAUUAGUUGAGCCAGUUUUUAGUAAUUCAUGGAAUUUAAAUUAUCAAACCUUCGGGGCAUUUGUUGUUCACUGCUGAUAUACGUGAUCAUUGAUUUAGUUUGAUUUAGAUAACUAAGACAAGUUUUUGUUGUAAAGGACGAAGUUUCCGUUUAAAAUUAAGUAGGUUUUAAAAGGAUAAGGUUAAGGUCUCUAUAACUUAUCCCAAUCACA